UUAAUUUUAUAAUUUAUUUUAGUUACGUUGGAUACUCAAUAACCUAUAAAUAGUUUACGUAGCUUCUUGUCUAGAAUACCAAAUAAAAAUACAUACUUCAUUUCAUUUUUUUCAUACAGUAAGAAUAAGUCGCUAAAUUCCACGCAUAAGAAAAAAUAUGGCUAAUCUAAGCUCCCAUGUUACUGCGCUAUUCAUUGUUGUAGCAUUGUUGUGUGCGUUUGUUCCUGCAUUUUCAGUCGAAGAAGCGGAAGCAAAAACAUUAUGGGACACUUGUCUGGUUAAAAUCACUCCUAAGUGUGCAUUGAAUAUAAUCGCUGUUGUUUUUGGAAACGGAACCCUCAUUGAGUCUUGUUGCCACGAUCUUGUCCAAGAAGGAAAAGUGUGUCACGAUAAUCUCAUUAAAUAUAUUGCUGACAGACCAUCAUUAGUUGGCCGUGAAACACAAUACUUGAAGAAGAGGGAUGACGUGUGGAGUCAUUGUGUCUCAAUCUCUAAAACUGCUUAAAAUAUGUGUUUCUAAAAUAUUAUUUUAAUCAGAUAUAUUGAUAUUUCAAACUUGUUACAUUUUUGUUACCAUAAAUUAAUUUCUACGUAUGUACUUUAAUACGAAAUAAAUUAAAGCAAUUUCUCGUAAGAUGAGUAAACUUCUAUUUUCGAUU